CAGAUACCCAAAGUACAUCCACUACUUCUUGAAAGAGCCGAAGUCAUGAAGCAGGAAUUCGAUCUUGUAGAAGAGAAAAUGUCUCUGGGAGACUUUGACCAGGAGCUUAGUAUUAAGUUCUCGAAUUUGCUGGUGAUUUUGGAGAACUAUGAAAAGUAUACAAGUGAUUUAUCGACAUUUGAAGAGUUGAAAUCUAUUAUUGUAGAGCCUAACCAGGACCCAGAGUUUCUAGAAGAGGCCAUUAGUGAAGCCAAUGUGACUAUACCUCAUUUGGAGAAGUCAAUUCUGACUUUGCAGCUGCGUUUGUUGCCGCCAAUGAAAUUUAGCGACAAACCAGCUAUUCUUGAAAUGAGACCGGGUGUAGGAGGCAGUGAGGCAUCCUUGUUUGCCGGUGACUUGAUGCAGAUGUAUAUAAAUUUUGCCAACCACAUGCGAUGGAAGUAUACCAUCGUUUCCAAAAGCGAGGGGAACGGUGGAUUUGUCAACGAGGUCAUAAUGAGUAUAGACACCCCAGGCUCGUACAAUGUACUUAGACACGAAAGUGGAGUACACAGGGUGCAACGUAUUCCUAGUACAGAAAGCAAAGGCAGGAUCCACACUUCUACAGCUGCCAUUGUAGUGCUUCCCAAAAUGUCUGAUGGCAAUGAAAGUUCUUUGAAAGAAGAUGAACGUCAAUUUGCGCCCGGUGAAGUUCGCAUAGAUACUAUGAGAGCUGGAGGAAAAGGUGGGCAGCAUGUGAACACCACUGAUUCUGCUGUCAGAUUGGUUCACAUUCCUACAGGUGUAACUGUGAUGCAACAAGACGAGCGUUCACAGCCAAAAAACAAGGCAAAGGCAUUUCUGAUCUUGAGAGCCAGACUUGCUGCGUUGGAAAGGGACAAAGAGUUUGCUGAACAGAGAAAAAUGAGAACAGACCAGGUCACCACUACUGACCGGUCAGACAAGAUUCGGACGUACAACUACCCGCAGAACCGGGUGACCGAUCAUCGAUGUGGAUUUUCGCUUCAUGAUCUCACUGGCUGUAUGGCUGGGAACAGGCUCAUGGAUAUUAUAGAGAAGGUGGAGGAGCACGAGUUUGAGCUGAGACUAAGGGAUUUGAUUGAAGAGUCGGCUGUAAAUAGCAAAAAAUAG